AUGACAAAUACAAUUUUUAAGAGGAUUUCAAUUUCGUUUUGCUUCUCGACCUCUGACCUCGUUGCUGCACUGGAGGUUCUACGGCAGCAAACUCGUUCAAUUGCCGCCCUCAAGAGGAAAUCUCAACUCAAGUUGUCGAAAUGGAGCGAUGCGAAAGCCGGCGAAGAAGGCGAAGACGACGGAAAAAAGCUGCAUUUCGUGAGUCCGGCUCGCCGGAAAUCGGUGCUGGCUCCCAUCCUAAAUAAGAUCAAGAAUGGCGCUGAUGCGGCGGAUAGUGCCGAGAAAAAACUGGGCAGCGAGAGCAGUGGCAGUGGUCACAUAGCGGUCCAAAUAGAGCCAGCCAGACGGGUCAAGGUGGGAUUUACUUGGAUUUCUCCUUAA